AUGCCAUUCACUUGUUGUGUACCCAACUGUAAAGGAAAUUAUAAAACUGGGCCCAAAGUUUCAGUUUUUAAUUUCCCGAAAGAUGGGAAUCUACGAAAACGGUGGAUUGCCACCAUUCACAGAAAGGAUUUUGAACCCAGCAAGGUGUGUGAGCUGCAUUUUGUAGAAGAUGAUUUUGUCAAAGAAGCUCGUGGGCUCGACAUAAACACAGGUAAAGUGCUUACCGCACCAUUGGGUAUUAAAAAAUUAAAGGAGGAGGCAUUCCCUACAGUUUUUUGUGGAUAUCCAAAUUAUUUUCAAGUUCCUAAGAACCAGAGAGAUUGUUCCGAAGAAAAGAGAGAGGAAAGAGAGCAGUCAGCUCUCAUUCAGGCUAUUGAGAACAGCAUUAAAGAAAAUGAAAUAUAUGAAAAGUGGUCAUUUGGCUCUUUGGAAGAACUUGAUUUGAAGUGUCGAAGUAUUAAUUUACUUACCGAUAUUCUUUCAACUUGUGUUAAAGUGUUUGAAGAAGAGCCAAAAGAUGAUGUUUUGAAUUCUGUUAAAGAUGCGCUUCAGAUCAUGAUGCAUAGUGAUAAAGAUCCUUUUUUCUAA